UCGUGUUCUCCAUUCUUCCCUCUAUUCCAAAAUGGCGGCUUUCAGGAAGGCCAGAUUGUUUUUUAGUUCCGUUAUUUGCUUCACUUGCCGUGAACUAACCGCCUGAAAGAAUAGGACAACUGAACAUUUUAUGCAAUGGAUGAAAAUGCCAUACGAACAGCUGGGUCUGAUUCUUCUUCAGAGGAUGAGGAACAGGAGGAGUCGGAGGAAUCGUCUAAUAUUCAAGAUCAGCUGCACAAAUUCAGAUCACAGUGGCAGCAAGAGUUGAAAAAAGGUCAAGGUCAGAAGGGUGUCAGGUCAGGUCAAGGUCAAGAUAAUGGUCCAGGAAAAAAGUCAACAGAGGAUGUGAAUGUAAAUGAUUUUGAGAAGGCUAGACGUCUGUUUUUGGUGGGAGUGAAUGCUGAAAAGUCAGGAAUGUUGUUUGAAGCUGUCAGGUAUUACCGCCAGGCCAUCCAGUUGGUACCAGACAUAGAGUUCAGGAUAGAGGAGCUGAGAAAAAACAAAGUCCGGAAAAGAGAGAGAUUAGAAAGCAGUAGUUCCAUUGGAAGUGCAAGUGGCCAGACUGAAGAUGAGGAGGAGGCAGACUUGGACGAUCUUGUGCAGCAUUUUCAGAAACUGCGUGUGCGUCGUGAUGUGAAGCACGUGUGCGAGGCAGAGUACGAGCAGCAAAAAACCCACAUCUCUGUUUUACCAGUGGAAGUAUUAAUGUACAUAUUUAAAUGGGUCGUAUCAGAUCAAUUAGAUAUGAGAUCCUUGGAACAACUCUCUAUGGUGUGUCGAGGGUUUUACCUGUGUGCCAGAGAUGAUGAACUCUGGAGGCUAGCCAGUCUCAGAACCUGGGGUUUGAACUGUGAGCACACUGAUAGUGAAGGUUCCUGGAGACUGCUGUACCUCAACAAGCCUCACGUCCAUGUUCACGGAUGUUAUAUCAGUAAGACUGUAUACUAUCGCCCUGGGGAACCCAGUUUAGACAGCUUCUACAGACCCUGGCACUCUGUGGAGUACUACAGAUAUGCAAGAUUCUUUGCUGAUGGCAACAUGCUGCUCCUAACCACAGCUGAUGACCCCCACACAGUGCUCCCCAAACUGGUCUCCAAGCACUACAGGACCUCUGGCAUCAUGUACGGCUACUACAGACUAGUUGGGAACAAGGUUACUGGGGUACUGAGGAGAAGCAACAAUGCCGAUACAAUUGUCAGCAAGUAUAGACGCAGAAAACAAGAAGCACAGCAAGAGCAUGAGGAACGUGUAUUUCAUGUGGAUUUCAUUCUGAGGGAUCGUGGUGGAAGGCAUCGUAACACACAGCUGGUGUGGGAGCACUAUUCUGUUCAUUCUGAAGACAGAUCUGUUCACCAUGAAUUUGAUGUGAACAAUGAAAACCAGUACCCCAAUUUUUAUUACUCCAGAGUGAAGAGUUUCACACAAUCCUCCAAUAGACCAUUAGAAUGAUAUGCAAGCACACAUUACAUUGGAUGAUACAGCUUAUUUGCUUGUAACUGAUUCGCUGAUUGGACAACAGAGAAGUUGGGCAAUGCAGCUUUAAUACAAUCUGUUGACUAUCCAAGAGUUCAUAUAGAUAUUAUUGCCAAGACUUUUUUCCUUUGUUAAGAAAGAGAUUAUUUUACCUUUUUAUACAGGUUUCCUGUGACUCAUGUCUGACGCCUUCAGUAGAAUACAUUUGAGAAGAGGUCUUUCUCUCUUUCUUUCUUCCAGCAAACGGAGUUGUAAAGAAAAUGCUGAAAAAGAAAUAAUAUUAUUAAUGUGAAUUGUUUUCGGUUUUCCUUAUAAAUCUUUUAUUUGAAUUUUUUUUAAAAGUACAUUGAUACAUUUUAUGGUAAGAUCUUCCGGUGCAGUAUGCUCCAUUUUCAAAAUUUACAAGAGCCUAAAAUAGGGAUAGUCUAUAGCUAAUUAUGAUUCCCAAGAUUUUAGUCUUGACUUGCCUUUUAUGACUGUGAAAUGUUUAUUGUCCAAUAUAGAUUGAGAGAGAUUAGACACCUGCUAUGAAAAUAUCUGGAAUUUUUCAAUUUUUCAGUAAGAUGGAGAAGGAGGGUGCUGUAGUGUUUGAUUUCAUAUUAACACAAAUAAUUCAGUUUUCUUUGAAGUAGUUAAUUUAGCCAUGUAACAUUGAAAGAUAGGAAUGCACAUUCUGUUUUGUUGUUUUAAAUAAUGUACUUGGACUUUUUGUUCUCUUAUGCAACUUUUUAUCCUUUUCAAUUAAGGUCGGUUUAAUCUAGAAUUAAUUAAGAUGCAGAAUUCUAAUGCAAGUAGUUUUAUUAUUUUGAAUCACUUUGUAGUGCUGUUAUUUUUUUAUUAUGUUCAGGUAUUGUGAAGUCUGCUGGUUUCUGAUAUGGUGCAAUGGGUAAAGACUGUAAUGAAAUAAAAUUUUGGCUUUGGAAUCUAGGCUUUGUAGAACUAUUUUUAAAUAUGUGUACUUUUUUGAGUGGUUGUGCUCUUGUAAAUUGUGAAUAUGAUUUCAUUGAAGUGAUUAUUUUUCUUUUCUUGAAAAAAGUGCAAGAGUUAGCACUUUGAGUGAUGUGAUAUUAAAGAUUGUGGAAGACAACUCUCUAAUGUUAAGAAGUUUUGCUUUCAACUACAUUUACUUUCAUUUUUUUUACAUGAUUUUAGGUUUGUCUGAAUAUCUCUAGAAGCACAAUUUACAAUUUGUAAAUCAAGAAUGAACGAUUUUCUUAUCUAGUGCAUAUAGCACAAUUGAGGUCUAUUCUAACACAGUGAGAGAUAUUAUUUCAUUCAUUGUAACAGUUUAGAAAUGAUGGACUGAAAAUAAAGACAAGCCUAUAUUCUGGA